UGCACUGGUAGUCUCUGCUGCGCCAAUUUCUCUCCUCAUGACAUUGGAGUAACAUUUCCAAUGGCGACCAAAUGCGGGCUCCAUAUUGAAAUGCUAGCGCUGCUCCAUCACGCAUAGACAAUGCUUCCGAGGUCCACUGGCACCGAUCCGAUCUCUACAAAACGUCCUGCCGAAAAUCAUCAAGCGAAACCGAGUAAAGCAUGUCAAGGAUGCCGAAGUUCAAAAGUGCGAUGUGUACAACCUGAUCACGAACAGCCAUGUCUGCGAUGUAGGAGACAAGGUCGCACAUGUCUUCCCAUUGAGGAGUCGAAUAAGAGGCAGAAGCGAGAUGGCAGCCGCUCGAUAUCUGAGAUUGAGACGAGACUGGCUGCUCUGACGGAUCAUCUUCAACGAAAAGGUGCAGAUGCUUCUGCUUUGAUAUAUGAAUCUACUGCGGAAAGAGCGAGUCACCCUACAGCAACUGCCACUUUGGACGCGGAAGAAACCCCGGAUUAUCUUUCCUCAACUUCUCACGAACACUCAGUUGUUCAGAUUGAGGCGACCAUCGGUCGAGCCAUUGAUGACGAAACUGCGAACAUGGUAUUCGACCGCUUCACAACAAACGUGCUGCCAACCUUCCCCUUCAUGGUUUUGCCAGUCGACAACGUCAUAGCAGACACCCGCAAGAACAACCCCAUCCUUUUCCUCGCAAUCCUGGAUGCCGCAGGCGAUGGCUUCUGGAAUAUCGAAGUGUCCAGGCAGCUUCGAAAACUCUUUAUGCAGGUAUACUCGACAGUUCUGCGUGAGACUGCCGUGUAUAGCAUGUCGACACUACAAGCCCUUAUCAUCUCGGCAAUAUGGUAUAGAGAUGUCGAGGCAGAGGAAAUUGGAGAGCAAAUGGAUGUCUUUUGGAUUAGCAAUGCAGCUGCGAACAUGGCUAUCGGCAUUGGAUUGGGUGAUAUACUGAAAGAGUACUCUUGGAGUGGUUUUAUGCCGAUGCAGUCAUCCAGUGUGCGUGGUCCAGCUAGUGAUUACCAAAUUGCCAGCUUAGAAGUAAGGAGAGCCUGGUUGGCCUGCUAUUACGUCUGCUCACACACUUCCAUGGCGAUGCAAACGCCCGGUAUCAUACGCUGGACCCGCCAAAUGGAAGAGUGUCUGGAAGUACUGGAGAUACAUCCUGCUAGUCCGGGUUCCGACAAGAUACUAUGCUCUCAUGUUCGCCUCCAGCAUAUCCUCGAAGAUGUUGAAGGGCAGCUACGUUCUUCCAUUCUCGGUCCUACAGCUAUGAAAGUCACGUACAGAGCUUUUAGGCGUCAACUUGCGGACUGGGCGUCCUCGAUCGACAUUUGGAAUGAACCACUUCAGCUAGCCCAUCCAUUCGCAACGCUCUACCUGCACGAGAUGGCAAUGUGUGCAGGGUCACCACCUAUCAACCAAGCACAAUUCAUCGACUGCACCACAACCGCCCAUCACUUACUCGAUACUUUCCUAUCCCUCGACAUAUCUUCCAUACGCACGCUACCCACUUCAUACUCCAUACGACUUAUACACGCCACCAUCGUAUUGAUAAAACUCCACUUCGCAGCAACACGCCUUACAGAUCCUGCAGAUAUGGUACCAAAGACGCAGAGCAUACAAAUGAACCACUAUCUCGCACGUUUGAUGCAGAAGUUCAGUGGUUGGAGAACACUGUGGCCUAUGCAGAGGCUUGCAAACAAACUUCGGGAGUUGAAGGAAAUGGUACGACAUUGCGACAACAAUGCAAUGCCAUCAGAGCUAGCAUGGCUCAACGUCUGGACACUGGAAGAAGCCCCACUCGAUACGAAUCCACAUGAUACAACCUUAGCUGAGCAGCAGCAAGAUCCCGAACAAGCCCAUUCCACCGAGAUCGGGGAAACAGCAAUACUUUCUGUGCCUAACGGCGACGACCUAAUAUGGCAGUCACUGGAUACGAACGCAAACGUCUCACAAUACGAUUUGAACAAUACGCUACCAUCAGCGAGUCUGGAUAUUGCUCAACUAAAUGACUGGUUCGGGACGGAUCUGAAUACGAGCACCUUCGACUUUGAUGGUAAUUUACAGUCUAUGAUACAGUUUUUCGACUAGAUCGUAUGGUACGGUUACGAGUAUUGCAACAGAAAUAGAUUGUUAACCAGGCGAGGUGUUUCACCAAAUACUAAUGAGGAGGCAUAAUGCUUUUGGUC